CACAGUUUCGUUGUAGUUUAUCUCUCCUUGCGUUAAAUUUUCAAGAGGAAAGCAAUAAUUUUCAAGUGUAGGACUCUACGUUACAUUUGUUGUAUUUUCAGGGUUGCAAGGCUAGCUUGACCAUGGCCGGCCAAGCCUCCAACAUAACCAUGGUCAUCCUUACUCUGUUGAUGGUGGUACUGACCACUGGCCAGCACAUAACCUCGCAAGGCCAGGGCGCUGACUCUGACUGCAGCUCGGUGGGACAGUUCCGGUGUAAUGACACUAUUCAGUGCAUCGACGCUGAAAAAGUCUGUGACAUGUAUGCCGACUGUGAUGACCUAUCGGACGAACGUUACUGUGAGUUCCUUACGUGCCCGCAGCCCCUUGGCACCGAAGGCAAGCAGAACGCGUCCCUGUUGACCAUCAUCAACAGUACAGACGCUUGUAACGGCCACGACGACUGCCCCAACAAAGAGGAUGAGUCCAAGGCUGUUUGUGAUGUCUUUUGUGAGUGGCGGCUGCCAUGUCUGACCUCCGGAGAGUGUAUCCCACCAGAGUUCUUCUGUGAUGGUCACUUCCACUGCAACGACACAUCUGACGAGUGGCAAUGCAAUGUCACAGGUGCCUGUAACAUGCCCCUUACCAUUGGCAUGGGUGAGAUGGUCGAGGAGCAGUUCAACUCAUCUUCAGGCUGGGUGAGACCGCCGGAUAACCUCAGAGAAUUCGACAUCAUACCAUUCGCUGUCGGCUGGGCAACCAGAGAACUGAACGAAAGGCAAUGGGUUAUGGUUGACAUCGGUGAGAUCGUCCAGCUGUCCGGCUUUCUGACCAGAGGCGUGGGUGUGGCCUGGACCUCCAUCUUUAAGAUGGGAUAUGGUCUCACCCCAGAGGAGGUGUCUCUCAUUCAAGAAGAUGGUGAAGACAAGCUUUACUUUGUGCCAGGAAAUGGUUUAAGAGGAGCUCGCUUCGACUUUGACUCUCCCGUCCGCACGCGAGUCAUGAAGUUUAUCCCGCUGUCCUGGUACUUUGUGCUGGCGAUACGAGUGGAGUUCAUGGGGUGCCGGAUUACAGGGCAGAGCCACAGACACAUUCCUGAUGACGUCAUCUGUGGGGAGGGGUGGGGGUUGUACAAGGGGGGGUGCUACAAGCGCAUCAUUGCCCCCCUCCCCUGGGACCGGGCCGAGGAGUACUGUCAGGCACUCAAGGGACAUAUGGCGUCCGUGCACACACAGGAGGAACAUGACUUCCUGUAUCCCAGAGCGAAGACUGGAUGGCUCGGACUGCGACUACCAGACCACAUCACUCCGAGUCAGUUUAGACAAGAACAGGUACAUGUGUAA